AGCUUGCGUCUUUUUCCAGGGCUCAGCAGCUGCAGGAGGGUUUCACGUGGAUCCAUGGCUGGUGUUAGGGUUGAGCUGUUGCUGGUGGUGCUGAUUGCGACUCUGCUGCUCGUUCCAGUACAGGGAUGGAAACCUAUCAAUGGCACUCAACUUUUUAAUUCCGACGAGUCGAGGCAGUGGCGUGAAGCACAACACGUCACACCGACAGAUGACGGCAGCUACUUUGACAGUGAAGAAGAUGGAUUUCCUGAGGAUGUACUUCCUGAAGUUGAAGGUGCCUCCACUAGUGAAAAAUUCAACCCUUUUCCUGACCAUGGAUUCCAGGUAGACGCAGUAGAUGCCCCUCCGAAGAACUGGACCAGCAGCACUUGUGUGUUAGAAGUGGUUUGUAGUGAUGUUGGCUUCCAGAUUACUCUCAUGACAGGUUCAUUAAGUGAAGUCACAGUUUUGGGUAUGUACUUGGGCUCAAAGGAACUAUCUGUCAUGGAUGCGCCAAAAUCUUGUGGUUAUGAAGUGAACUCUUUCCAGAACACCUUGACUGUACCCUUUACUGGGUGCAAUGUGAAGCAUACUGAUGGCUACAGCCUGCAGUUGUUGUAUGUAGAUGAGAUUGGUCAGACGAAAGUUGCUACCGCAUCUUGUGAGAAAAAUCCAAAGUUUGGCCCUCGCUUCAGUGGCACACCCAGGUGUAAAGACCCAAUCCCUACCCCACCACCAAAUCCAAGGUGUGAUGUUCCCUUGGAGGAGCAGGUGACUUGUGGUUGUACAGGAAUAUCUGCCUCAGACUGUGAGAUGAGGGGAUGCUGUGUGUCUUCUUCCGCCUGCUACUACCCGCUGGAUGAGUGCAAUGCGGGAAACUUUGUUUUUGCCAUUCGCUUCAACUCUGCAUCCAUCCCUUUGGACCCCACCAAGCUCAUUAUUCCCGGGAGUCCAAAUUGUAAACCAACCAUUGUUAAUGACAAGGUUGCCAUCUUUAAGUUUAAAGUUACAGAAUGUGGAGCUCGUGCUUUUAAAGUUGGUGAGACGACUAUCUACCUGGCUGAAGUGCAAUCUGUUAUCCAAACUUUGACUCUCAAGUAUGGCAUAAUAUCAAGAAGCGAUUCUAUCAAGUUCAUGGUUGAAUGCCGCUACAGCAAAAUGGGGGCUAGUCCUCCGCAGGAACUGGCCAGUGUUGGCUACAUUGUCAAGACCCCGUGUUCCAGCUUGCCAUCGUCUAUUAUCUCAGAAGGCUUAUAUGGUGUUACACUAAGAAUUGCUCAGGAUGAGACGUAUUCAAGCUACUUCCCAACUUACCAUCAGCCCUUGCGAUUGCUCCUUGGCAAGCCAGUGUAUCUUGAACUGCUCCUGAAGUCUCCAAAACCAGAUGCUGUAAUUCUUGUAAACUACUGUUUGGCUUACCCUCGCUCUGCAAAGAAUGCUCUGGUGCUCAUUUUUGAAGGGUGUGCCAAUCCUCAUGAUCCGACUGUGUCUAUCCUUAAAGUCAGUGACCUUCCCAAAAAUCGUUACCAAAGGCGCUUUGUGGUCCAGGCCUUCCAGUUUAUGGAUCAAAAGACAAACCAGUACCUUGAUGAAGAAAUCUAUUUUAUGUGCUCCACAGAGGUUUGUAGGACAGAUGAAAAGACUUGUAAAGAACAGUGUUUUGAUGGAAAGAUAUAUUCCAGUGGGCCAGAUGGAGAGGGUUCAUCAGAAGAAUAUGAGAACUAUGUACUACAUGGGAAGGAACCAUUAGGAGCCACUGAUGGCCAGUCAACAUGUUGGGGACUGGUGUAAUGCUACUUGGACCUGUGCAUUCUUGCCCAAAAUAAAGCUAACUCCUACAAAUGGAUUUUCUUUGAACAUCCAGUUGUUUGGCUCUGGAGAAUAAGACUAAAAGGAUGUAAUGUUUUAAAUAAGACUAGUCUUUAUUUGACAUGUGGUGUAGUAGCAGAAUUUUUUUUUUUUUGCAUGUACUUGAAAUGCAAUAAAGUCUUGCCACAGAA